AUGUGUCUUGCUGGAUUUGGCCCAACUAAUAACACGUGUAUUGAGUUAAUUUUAAGUUGUGUUAAGUCAAAGAAGCUAAGGGAAGCUUUUGAUAUUAUUCAGACCGUGAGGAAGUUCAAAUUCAGGCCUGCUUUUUCAGCUUACACAACUUUGAUUGGUGCUCUUUCUACAGUUCAUGAAUCUGAUCUCAUGCUUGCUCUCUUUCAUCAAAUGCAAGAGCUAGGUUAUGAGGUUGAUGUUCAUCUGUUUACAACUCUUAUCCGUGUUUUUGCCAAGGAGGGUUGUGUUGAUGCUGCUUUCUCCCUGUUGGAUGAGAUGAAGAGCAAUUCUUUUCAUGUUGACAUUGUUCUUUAUAAUGUAUGUAUAGAUUUUUUUGGUAAGGUAGGAAAGGUGGAUAUUGCCUGGAAAUUCUUUCACGAGAUGAAAGCAAAUGGGCUAGCACCUGACGAUGUAACUUAUACUAGUAUGAUAGGGGCUCUCUGCAAAACUAACAGACUAGAGGAAGUUGUGGAGUUGUUUGAGCAGAUGGACCACAAUAGGAAAGUUCCACGUGUAUAUGCUUAUAACACCAUGAUCAUGGGUUAUGGCUUAGCUAGAAUGUUUAAUGAAGCAUACAGUUUACUUGAGAGAGCAGCACAAGUAGAUCCACACGACAAGAUGAGGUCAAGAGAUGUGAACAAGGUGGCUAGAGGGGAACAAGCUCCUGCGCCUCCUCACGAUUACGGCACCGUCUCUCCACCCCCUCCUUAUAAACCAAACUCUUCAAAAUCAUCCAAUAAACAACAUCAUGAUGAUCGUGACAACGAUGAUAAUAAGAUGGAAUCGUCAGAGACAGCACCGAACGACGAUCGCUUUCCUGUCAUGAACCAAACUCGCCACUGUUAUGCUCGUUACAUUGAGUAUCACAAGUGUGUAGAGGAGAAAGUAAAAAAUGCACCUGAAUUCGAGAAGUUUGCAAAGUAUUAUAAAUCAUUGUGUCCUCAUGAAUGGAUUGAGAAGUGGAAUGAACAGCGAGAGCUGGGAACCUUCCCUGGUCCAAUUUAA